AUGGGGUCCUCAACUACGGCGACAUACUGUUUGUACGAAUUAGCAAUAAAUCAAGACGUACAAAACAAGCUUCGUCAAGAAAUUGAUGAAGUUUUGAAAAAACACGGCAAAGUGACUUACAAUGCUGUAAACGAUAUGACGUAUCUUCAUAAAGUAGUAUCUGAAACUCUUAGGAAAUAUCCACCUCUGCCAAUGCUGAAUUGCAUCUACACCAAAGCCUUAGACCUUCCAACAACGAAUAUUCACAUACCGGAAGGAACUUCAGUUACUAUAUCGGUGCUCGGCAUACAGCGAGAUCCGGCGAUAUAUCCGGAUCCGGAUAAGUUUGAUCCCGAACGAUUUGAUGCGGAUCAAAUAGCGGCUAGGCAUCCGUACGCUUACUUACCUUUUGGAGAAGGGCCUCGAGUUUGUAUUGGUACUCGGUUUGGCUACAUGCAGACAAAAGUUGGUAUCUUCAAUAUUUUAGCGAAGUUCAAGGUUACACUUCAUCCUCAAACUCCGGUGCCACUCAUCAUCGAUGAGGCACCCGUUAUACUUUCGCCUAAAGGCGGUGUACAUGCGCAAAACAAAGUUAUGCAACGAUCUAUCAAAGAUAACGCUAUCGUCGAUUUGCCGAAUCAUUCUACAAACAGUAUCUUUAUAAACAGUCGAAGUUUAGAAUAA